AUGAAUCCUAUUUUAAUUUUUCUGGUCGCUGGAGCCCUGGCCGCCAGCUUUACCGAUGAAAAAAUCGAGGCGGCCGCCGCCAAAUGUUGUGUGAAGAAAGAGGAAUGUUGCCGGGAAGUUAUCAGAUUUGGACUCCCCGUACGAUGUCGCUAUGAGAAAGAGAAGGAACUCCCGAGAAUUGUGUAUAAUUGUCUGCAGAGGGAGCUGUUUGAUAAGGAGGAGGAGAAGCAUCAGCGUGUGGAGUUGGAUGACAUCGUUUGCUGUCAAGUCUUCCUCAAGGAUCAAUUCGAUCCGAAGGGGCGGUGCGAAAGGAUUUGCAAGACGGCUAUGGAGUCACCGUCCUAUUCGGAGACCGUCAAGUUGCAGAGGAUCAAAGAGUGCACAAUUGUGGAGAAUCCAAGAUUCCAGUGCUUCAAUCAAUGCCGUGCACUCCGUCGUGAAGGAAUUAACAUCGAAGUUAUGCGUCAAGACGAGUACUGUAACACCACCUCCACCCAGCAUCCCCCACUCCAGAAGAAGAUUUUCCGACGUCGUUGGCUCUGA